AAAUCCAGAUUAAGACAGAACAGCAUUUCAGAAGUCAAACCAAACAGAAAAUAUCAGCACAAAGAUUUCCCUUUAACUUUUCCAAAAAGCCUGCUCCAUGUCACUGAAAUGUAACACACAUGCACGCAGGUCCAUAAGUACCUGCAGGAACUGCAGAAAGAAACGGAGACUCAGACUACAUUUGAAUGUAUCCUGAUAAAUAUUCAGUAUACAUUACAUUAAAAGUUGCUGCUGAGACGGCAGAAGGAAGAGGUGGAGCAGCAUCUGAAAGAAUCUAAAAGUGAAACUUAAAGAGAGUUUCUCUUCAAAAGUGCAUCAAACUCUGCUCAUCCAGCCUUUCUCAGCAGCACAGCAGAGCUUCUGUCCAACACUGGUUUCCCUUGUGUGGCAAAACCCAAUUGCUGUGUCCAAAUUGAGGGGUAGCAUGCUUCGAAGGCAUCAAUUGUAGGUAAUUAUGUCACAGACACGUGACGAAGUCUGUCCAAAUUCGAAGACCCCUCCAAAUGCGGCAACAAAUGCAUCCUCCUUUUACCCAAAUUUGAAGGAUGGGUCAGGUGUGUCCUUCGUGACACAGCCAGUUUCCCGCUGCCCGUUGUCGCAGUCAACCUCGUUUUUGACUAGUGCAGACAUGUCUGCUGCCAGCUGUCUUCUAUCGAAAGAUCGGUUUCUGUGCUCCAUCUGUCUGGAUGUCUUCACUGAUCCAGUCUCCACACCAUGUGGACACAACUUCUGCAAAAACUGCAUCAGUCAACACUGGGAUAUCAGCUACAGGUGUCAGUGUCCCAUGUGUAAAAAGGUCUUUCAGACCAGACCUGAGCUGCACGUCAACACUUUCAUCUCUGAGAUGGUUUCUCAGUUCAGACGUGAAGCUCAGCAGAAAGUCAACAGCAGCAGCUCAGAGCAACAAGCUGCCAAACCAGGAGAAGUUCCCUGUGACAUCUGCACUGGAACCAAACUGAAGGCCCUGAAGUCCUGCCUAGUGUGUCUGGCCUCCUACUGUCAGACUCACCUGGAGUCUCAUCUGACAAUGAAAGGUUUGAAAAGACAUCAGCUGAUCGAUCCUGAGGAGAACCUGGAAGGCAGGAUGUGUAUGAAGCACCAUAAUCCUCUGGAAUUGUAUUGUAAGACUGAUCAGACAUGUGUCUGCAUGCUCUGCUGUGUUUUUGACCACAAGACUCAUGAGUUUGUUCCUUUGAGAGAAGAAUAUGAAGGAAAGAAGGCAGAACUGGGGAAGACUGAAGCUGAAAUUCAACAGAUGAUCAUAAAGAGACUACUUAAGAUUCGAAAGAUCAAAAAGUCAGUGAAGAUGAGCAAAGAUGCUGCAGACAGAAAGAAAGCAGAAGGUGUUCGGGUCUUCACUGCUCUGAAGGAGUCUGUUGACAGACGUAUGAAUGAGUUCAUAAAGGAGAUCGAAGACAAACAAGAAUCAACAAAGAAACAGGCUGAAGGUUUCAUCAGAGAUCUGGAACAGGAAAUCUCUGAGCUGAUGAAGAGAAGCUCUGAGGUGGAGCAGCUCUCACGCUCUAAAGACCACCUCCACCUCCUCCAAAGCUUCUCAUCCCUGAAAGCUGCUCCAACCACCAAGGACUGGACAGAGGUCAGUAUCCAUCCACCAUCAUAUGAGGGGACUGUGGUGAGAGCUGGGGUGAGAGUUGUUAGUCAACUGAAGGAGACACUCAAUAAAGAAAUGAAGAAGCUGUUUGAGGCUGAGCUGAAGAGGGUCCAGCAGUAUGCAGUGGAUGUGACUCUUGAUCCUGAUACAGCACAUGCUAAACUCAUCCUGUCAGAUGAUGGAAAACAAGUACACUGUGGUGAAGAGGAGAAUGAUCUUCCAGACAACCCAGAGAGAUUUUCUGAAUUUCUCAUUGUUUUAGGAAAGCAGAGUUACUCAUCAGGCAGAUUUUACUUUGAAGUUCAAGUAAAAGACAAGACCAAAUUGAUGUUAGGAGUGGUCACAGAGUCAGUCAACAGGAAGGAAAAAUUCACGUUUGAACUGAACCGAACGAAAGGUUACUGGAUUGUAGGAGUAUAUGAAAAUAAUUAUAUAGCUCUGGAGGAUCUUCCAAUCUGUCUCUCCCUUCAGUCAGAUCCUGAGAAGGUGGGGGUGUUUGUGGAUUAUGAGGAGGGUCUGGUCUCCUUUCAUGAUGUAGAUCAUGCAGCUCUUAUCUACUCCUUUACUGGCUGCUCCUUCACCGAGAAACUCUACCCAUUGUUCUGUCCCUGGAAUGUUGAUGAUGAUGGUAAAAACUCUGCACCUCUGAUCAUCUGUCCUGUGAUGAUAGGUGAUGGUGAUGAGGAUGAUGAUGAUGACCAUGAUAACUGAUCAUCAUCUGUUCUGUCAAUCAGUCAGUCAGAUAUUGGAGUGCAAAACUAACACCAAUGGAAGAUGGACAAGAAAAGGUCAAAGCCAUCAGGUGCUUCAGUUUAGAAAAAAAAGAGAAACGGAGGUGAAACGAGAAAAAGAUAAAUGUAAGCAGAUGUGUCAUGUGUGGGUAAUGGCGGGUAGCAUGUAUGACAUGUAUCCUGAAACAAGAUAACAUUAAUUAGUAGGGAUAGUGAUAAACUUCUGUUUACCUUUGUUAGCCACUUGGCUAUGAUAAUAAACAGUAGGCAGACAGUAGAUACUGAUGUUGCUCAUUGAAUCUUUUGGACUGCGUUCAGCACAAUAUUAAUUAGACAUUAAUUGGAAGAGGUGUAUUGUUGACUUGUCUCCUCUACGAAUUAUAAUGGCUGUUUGUUAGCCGUUCGCAUACUAUGCAUACUGUCUCUCUUUCUGUGUGUGUGUGUGUUUAUCUGUUUAAAUUCAGUAUAGUUCCGACAACAGUUUUCACAAUAAAAUAUGUUAAUGCGCAAUCCUUAACAUGUUUUGUGUGUGUGUGGGGGGCAAAUAAUUUCAUGUCACCACAUUUUAUGAUUAUCUGGCAUUUUAGAAUAAUUGGUGUUGGUCAAACAGAUAUGCUUUAUAGGAGCCGCAGACAAACCAGGAAACAAACACUGGAUAUAUCUGAGACAUUUGUGUGGUUCAAAUACAGUCUGUCAGUUUAAGUUAUCGACAAUCUUGCUGUCUUCAUCCUUAUUCUUCUAAAAUUUUAUUACUCUGAUUUAGGGCUGGGCCAUAUCAUACCGUUCACGGUAAUACCGGUGUAAUUUUGGGCAACGAUAGGAAAAUGAAAUAUCGCGAUAGAAUAUGGGUAAAACGCGCAUGCGCAGUGCCUAUGUUUACAUACGCACAUGGCGGCGACGCAGAAUGAGAAGAGCGAAAGUGGAUCGUUAAAUGAAACGGAUGAACCAGAAUUGGUUUGUAAAAAUGCUGCAACUUCAGUGGUGUGGAACUGGUUUAGCUUUCGUCCGUCAGAUACACACCAAAGCACUAAUUUUGGUAGCGCAUGCUAGCGGGCCGUCGUUAUUACCGUGUUGUUUGGAAAAUACGGCACACUUAAAAUCAAUUCUUUGAUUUUUCUGAAAAUUGACAGUGCCCCUUAUAAUCCCGUGUGCCUUAUGUAUGAAUUAUGGUUGUGUUUACUGACCUCAAAACGAUUUUAUGUGGUACACGGUGCUCGAAAAUCUGUCAAAUGUUUCAGUACGACUUUGCUAAGCUACGAAGCUGCACCGCUUGAUGGAUUGUCGGAGCAUUACGGCUAUCGUAGGCAGGAGCCUCGCGGAGUGAUACGUACUGUGCUUCAACAUAAUAUUACCGUAUUGUGUGUGUAUAACCUCUUUUUAAGUUUUGUGGAUAUUAUACAUGGUUAUGCUGAGGAUAUGUCGGCCAGUUUCCACUGGAAAUGCCUUUUGGUUAAACUGUCAGCAAGGAAUUUGCAUUUGCACUGUUAAUUUUUUAUAUAACUUUAAUGCACAUAAAAAACAGCUGCUUGUUUAAGUGAAAAUACAUUGAUGGGGUUUUUUGCACUAAUAAAGUUGUGGAGUUGUAAAGUAUUUUGUCUAGUGUCAAUUAUAUCGUCAGUUAUAUCGUUAUCGCAAAUUUUCAAAUGUAUAUCGUGAUAAAUAUUUUUG